AUGACAUCAACAUCGGCCACUGAAACUUUAUCCCCUGUCAAGAUUGCUCUAACAACACUCAUUGCUGUGGCAGCAGGUCAAGGCUAUCAUAGCGAUCCCAAGACAGCGGCCAUUAUUAGCGAACAACGUUAUUUGUCGGGCGAUGGAAAAUUUGGUGCUGCCUACACACAAGAAGAUGGAAUUAAUUUCAAAGAAGAAACCGAUGCUGAUGGUACUCGACAUGGUAGCUAUAGUUAUGUAGAUCCAACUGGUCAAAGGAGAACUAUUUCAUAUACGGCUGGCAAAAAUGGCUUCCAAGCAUCGGGCGAUCAUUUGCCCGUAGCUCCACCAGCACCACCACAACCCGUGCCCCAGCCCGGCUAUGCACCACAGCCACAAUAUCAACCACCAGCCCCUAGCAAUUAUCGUGCCGACGAUUACGGUGAUGAUGGCUCUUACGAUCCCCGAUACAAUGAUCCCAACUUCAGUCAAAAUCAACAACCCUAUCGUCAACCUGCCCCCGCACCAGCCUAUAAUCCACCAGCUCCCGCUUACAAUCCUCCAGCUCCAGCAUACAAUCCACCAGCCUAUAAUCCACCACCACCACAAUACAAUGCUCCUCAGCCCCAAUAUAAUCCCCAGCCCCAACAAUACUAUCAACCCACAACACCCAAUCCACAUCGUUUUGCACCACCCGGUAAACUCUCACUGAAUCGUACACCCGAUGGUUUUACCUACAGUUUUAAUAAAGUUCGUUAAGAACUGUUGUUUGGUACGGCGAUAAGAGAGUGAUAGAAUGAGUUUUGUUUAAAAAU